AUGCAUGAAAUCUUCCACAAUUUAUUAUUCGGAGGUCCAUCAACAACAUUCAACUCAACUUGCCCAUCCUUCGUCACUGGCAACACCGUAUGUCUCCCCCCAGUUAAAGUCCCAUUCUACUUCUCCCUCCGCCAAAACAUAUUCGACAGCAUUCCGGACACACACGUCGCUCUCGCUGCACCCGUAAUCGCUUAUUGGCUCCUGUCUUUUGUAUUCUACUCUCUUGACAUCUCCGGCUGGCGAUGGCUUGAUAAAUACCGUAUUCACGAAUCAGAGGAGGUCAAAUCUAGGAAUUUGGCUACCCCUUGGGAGGUUGCACGCGCCGUCCUACUCCAGCAUGCAACACAAACUGUCCUCGGUUUAGCAUGGUUGAUAGAGUCCCCGGAGAUCUCAGUUGCCCGCUGUCAGAGUGAGAUGGAGGCCUUGGGGAGAACACUGGUAUGGGUCGUCCGACUUCUCUUGGGAGAGGAAACCGGAAUCAAAUUUUUGGAGCUGAGAGGGCCUGAAAUGACCCAUUGGCUGUACUGGUGGGGAAUUCCAGCUGCCCAACUCUUAUUCGCGUUGUUCAUCAUUGAUACUUGGCAAUAUUUCCUCCACCGCUCGAUGCACACGAACAAGUACCUCUACAAGAAAAUACACUCCGUCCAUCACAAACUAUAUGUCCCCUAUGCCUUUGGGGCAUUAUACAACCAUCCCUUCGAGGGCUUCUUACUGGACAGCGUAGGCGCAGCACUCGCCGAGCGUCUCUCACGCCUCACUAUUCGACAAACUAUUUUCCUCUUCGCGUUCAGCACGUGCAAGACUGUCGACGAUCACUGCGGAUACAACCUCCCCUUUGAUCCCUUGCAAAUGAUGAGCGGAAACAACGCGGACUACCAUGACAUACAUCAUCAAGUCGUCGGCAUCAAAUCCAAUUUCUCACAGCCUUUCUUCAUUCACUGGGACACGCUCCUCGGGACGCGCAUGACCAGAGAAGAUAUCCAAGAACGCAGAAAAAAGGUCAAGACGACGUGA